AUGUCCGAGACUCCGGUAGACGAAAAAGAGCUUAGUGUCGAAGCCGGCGACCUUGCGAGUGCAGGGAGUGUCGGUGCGGGUGCCAGCGUCGCAGGCGUCGCAGGCGCCACCGGUAGUGGCAGCUCCGCGACGGGCGGUGCCGGCGCUCAACCCCAGAAGGAAAGACGCAAGAUCGAAAUCAAGUUCAUUCAGGACAAGACCAGACGGCAUAUCACGUUUUCCAAGCGGAAGCACGGGAUCAUGAAAAAGGCGUACGAGCUCAGCGUGCUCACGGGCACACAGGUGCUUUUGCUUGUUGUUUCCGAGACGGGGCUCGUGUACACGUUCACGACCCCGAAGUUCCAGCCCAUCGUGACGCAGCCGGAGGGCAAGAACCUUAUCCAGGCGUGUUUGAACGCGCCCGAAGAUGACGACGACGACGACGAAGCCGACGACGACGACGCCGACGAAGACGACGCGUCCUCUAUUUCCAAACAGGACGCCGCCGCCGCCGCUGUUGCCGCGGGUAUGCCCGCGGGCAUGCCCGCGGGAAUGCCUGCUGCGAUGCCCGCUGCGAUGCCACAGGCGCACCACCAUCAUCCCGCGCAUCCGCAACACCACCACGCACCCGCUCCUCAGCACAUGGUCGCAAACCAACCGCCUCAGAACGCUAUGAACCACCAACACCAACAGCCCUAUGGGAAUCCGGCCGCAUACCUCAACGCGGAACAGGCCGCCGUGUACCACCAAUAUUUCAACGGCGUCAACUCCCAGCAGGGUCAAUACUGA